CAUUUCUCAGAGACUUCCUCCUCCUCUAUCCCCAGCCUCUGUCUCUUCGUCUCAAACCCGAUCUAUCGGUUGUUCUCCUGUAAGCUUAAUUUUGUGAAGCUGUCAAGAGCAGAGACAUAGAGAGGUAACCGAGGAAAAUAAAAUGGUGAGAGUAGCAACAUAUUUCGCUAUGACAUUUGGAGCCUUCAUAUUCUGGCAAUCGAUGGAGAAGGUCCACGUCUGGAUCGCUCUUCAUCAAGACGAAAAGAAAGAACGAAUGGAGAAGGAAGCGGAGAUCAGGAGAGUUAGAGAACAGUUGCUUCAGCAAGCUAAGGAAAAAGAUUCUCUUGCAUAGUUUUGUUUAUCUAAUUGCAAUUGCUCUUUGUACUUGCUAUUAUGGUUUUUUGUUUAUUUCACCUUGAAUUAUUAACGUUUUGGACUCAAGAAAGUCCUCAUAAGAAAGCACAUAAAGCUGCUGCAUAUCAGACGAUGAUUUCCCUGAACGUCAUGUUAAUGUUUCCUUCUGCUUUAUUGGGUUAGCUCUGCAUUAUGGAGACUGUAAGUUACAUUUGAAGUUUCUUCAUAUUCUUGUCUUGUAUUCUGUAGCUUAGGGGAAUGAUUCAAGCACUUUUUCCUCAUGGAUGAAUACUGCUUGUCUACAAAUUCUAUGGGUUUAUGUAUGAGCAUGUAAAUCCUCGCUACCAAAUUCGGUAUGACGUUGAGAGAGGUUACCAUCAAUCUUUAUGUAAGGAAAUCAA